UUUCUUUUUCUUCCCACGCCGGCUGCAGGUGCAUCAUGUCUAGACUGGGGGCCCUGGGCGGCUCCCGCGCCGGGUUGGGACUGUUACUUGGUACUGCCGCCGGCCUUGGAUUUCUGUGCGUACUGUACAGUCGGCGAUGGAAAAGGGCCCGGCGCCAUGGCCGAAGCCACAGUCUGCCCGAUUCCCUGGACCGUGCGCAGGCUUCAGAGCGCGGAGGCCAGGUUAUGCAGUUGCGGGCCAUCCCAGGUGAAGCUGGAGAUGCUGCAGUGCUGCCCGGCCUCCCACAGGAAGGACAGGAGAAGGUGCUCGACCGCCUGGACUUUGUGCUGACCAGUCUUAUGGCACUGCGGCGGGAGGUAGAGGAGCUUCGGAGCGGCCUGCAAGGCCUGGCUGGGGAGAUUGUUGGGGAAGUCCGAUCUCAUAUAGAAGAGAACCAGAGAGUGGCUCCCCCGCCCCCCCCCCCCCCUCGCCGCGUUCCUUGCCCCGCCCCUUCCCUUGCGCCUCCUUUCCACUUCACCGCCUCCUCAGGGGCUGCAUUCACAGAUGCGGAGAGUGAAGGAGGUUAUACAACAGCCAAUGCGGAAUCUGACUAUGAGCGGGACUCUGACAAGGAGAGUGAGGCUGGUGAAGAUGAGGUGAGCUGUGAGACCGUGACGACGGGGAGAAAGGACUCUCUGGACCUUGACGUGGAGGUAGCUUCAAGUCUAGCCUCUGGUGCCUUGGAGACUGGUGGCUCCUCAGACCUCGAGGACAUGCUGCUGCUCCUGCAGCAGGCAGAUGAGCUGCACCAGGGCAGCGAGCACAACAAGCGGAAAGGCUUCCAGCUGCUGCUCAACAAUAAGCUGGCGUAUGGAAACCGACAAGACUUUCUGUGGCGUCUGGCCCGGGCCUACAGUGACAUGUCUGAGCUUACUGAGGAGGAGAGUGAGAAGAAGUCAUAUGCCCUAAAUGGAAAAGAAGAAGCAGAGGCUGCUCUGGAGAAGGGAGAUGAGAGUGCUGAAAGUCACCAGUGGUAUGCAGUGCUUUGUGGUCAGCUGGCUGAGCAUGAGGGCAUCUCCAGGCGUAUCCAGAGUGGCUUUAGCUUCAAGGAACAUGUGGACAAAGCCAUUGCACUUGAGCCAGAAGAUCCUAGGAGUCACUUUCUUCUUGGCAGGUGGUGCUACCAGGUCUCUCACUUAAGCUGGUUGGAAAAAAAAACAGCUACAGCUUUGUUUGAAAGCCCUCUUAGUGCCACUGUGCAGGAUGCGCUCCAGAGCUUCCUAAAGGUUGAAGAACUACAGCCAGGAUUUUCAAAAGCUGGACGAGUAUAUAUUUCUAAGUGCUAUAGAGAGUUAGGAAAAAACUCUGAAGCUAGAAAGUGGAUGAAGUUGGCUCAGGAGCUGCCAGAUGUCACUAAUGAGGAUUCAGCUUUACAAAAAGAAUUGGAAGAAUUGGAAGUAAUUUUAGGAAAAUAAUCACUUCAAUGACUUGGGGGCUACUAUUUAAAUGGAGAAAAGAAAAUCAAGUUGCUUUUUUUUUUUUUUACCCCUGUGACCCCACUGAGUUCAGGAAACCAAGCAAGAUUGGUUUAGAGGAUGUCUUGACCUCUGAGGUCUGACUGCUACUACCAUCAUCCCCCAACUUCCUAUGUUAUCAGUUAAUUUAUUAUAAUCUCUUAAUCUAAAACUGGGGAUGGACUUGCAGUUUAGGCUUCUGCUUUCUUCCUCUUAAGUGAAUUCCUGAAAAAUCAAGACAGUAUAGCCAGCCAUAGGGUUAACUGUGGAGGCAGCACAAAAGGUCAAGAGCUGAGGGCGGUGUCUUCCAACUGUCAGCGAUGAACAUCAAAAGAGCCAAGGCGACAAAGCAUAGGACUUGUACUAUUUUUGCUAAUAUUCAACACGUAUUUAUUGUCCUAAAGUCAAUACCCUACCUGUGAAGACAAGGAGUCGCCAGCACAGCUCAGUUUCUGCCCUCUUGCCACCCAUCAUGUAGACUCUACCUGUAUUCUUUGGGUGAGGGGCUGGACCACAUGACUUCCAGAGUUCUGGCAGCUUUUGGGAAGACAGCACUGACUAGCAAAGGGUUUAUUAAUAUAUUUGAAAAUGACCUGAAGAGGUGCCUGAAAUAUUUUUUUGGUACAAAUUUGAAAUAAACUAAAUUUGAUUAGAAGGAUAA